AUGACUGUUAAGCUUGCUACUGUUGGGCCUGACGGCAGUAGUCGGAAGAGCUACAAAGGAAUUGAGCCUAGACGCUCUCGCUUCACUGCUCUGGAGACCCUCGCUGCCGCCGCGGCUGCCGCCGAUCCCGUUACCGCCUCCACCGAGCGGCCCACUAUGGAGUCUGGCAGACCCACCCGUGAGAUCAUCCAACCGGCCCGUCCCCAUGCCUCUGCCUCCGCAUCAGGCAAUGGACAAGGAAGCAGCUCCUCUGCCUACCACCAUCGCGACUGCAUUGUGUCCCGUACUGUGAAUCUCCACUCGCCUUACCUGCCGGAGACUCCAGACCCCAUCCUAGGGCAAGUCUGGAUCGACCACAUUGAUUCGAUGCUAGGUGUUCGCACCGAGCGUCAGACCGAAGAAAUGCGGUAUUGCAUUGAGCAGACUGACAGGAUCGUCCGUUUGGCCGAUAACAUCUUGAAGCAGCAGAAGGAACUUUUGGCGUGUCUGAGACGGAUGGCUAGGGGGUGUGACAGUGAUGAUUCUUCCACUGAGAUCAGUGGGCUUUUUGAAUUCAGUGAUUCCAGUAUUGAACAAGAGAGUGAUGGUGAUGACAUUGCCAAUGGAUGCAGUGCAGUGAAUGGACACAUGGAUGGACACGGUACUGCGGAUGAGUAG